AUGAUCACAAAGACGAACAUUCCUGGUGUCUAUGCCAACUUGAUGACGUUCAUUGGUGGCAAGAAAGCGUGCAUCGGUUUCAAGUUUUCUGAAAUGGAGAUGAAGAUCGUCCUAUCGGUGUUGCUUUCUAACUUCACGUUCGAGCUGACGAACAAGCCUGUUGUGUGGAACGCUGGUGGCCUGCGCUAUCCCACGGUGAGCACCGUAAGUAACAAGCCCCAGAUGCUGCCGAAAGUGCGAUUUUAUGAGGGCGCGAAAGCAUCAUGGUAA